UAUCCCUCCUCUUCACGCAGAAUCGUCAUUUUUACGUUCUCCAAUUUUUUACCAAGUUUAUAAGACUGGAAUUUAUUUGGAAAAUAUAAAUUUCUAAUUUACAAAAUUUCAAAUUGAACGAGGUCCCCAAUAAUCGGUAAUCACGUUUGGGUGGUCUGGCAGGACGGAGUCAGUCGGUUUCGUUUGGUGGGAAUUUUUUGGAGGGAGGGAGGUGGGACAAGAGAUUAAAAAAAGACUGACUAGUAAUUGACCUCUGACCUCGUCACGACCGUGUUCAUAAGAUAAGCAUGAGCCGCGAGCUCCGGAGUUUGCACGAAGAUCAGAAAAAUUCGUUAGCUUUUGGAGGCACGACCGCGACAGCGACGUCGUCCCGACGAGCUGGAGGAUAUUCGGAAUCUGUCAAAGAAAAUAUGAAGAUUUUACCUUCUAGUUCUUCCCCUUCCGUUGUUGCAGUUGUUAAGAACAAGGCCCCGGAAGGUGACGAUAUGGACGAUGACGACGACAUAUAUGUCCCCCUCGUUGAGAAGAAAACGUCGCCACGACAUCAUCACAAUCGCUAUCGAGAUGAAAAUCACGAUCGGAGUAGUCGUCGACAUGAAGAUCGCUUAUCAUCCCCUCCACCAGCACCGGUUGGGAGGAGAACGACGCGAAAUUCGAGUACCACGUCGCCGUUGGAAGAUUCCAAGAAGGAGUGUAGAAUUGUGUUGACGUCGAGUCGGCGGAAUAAUAUUCCAUCUAGAAAGGUGAACGGUUUAGACUCUGAGGACGACUCGCAAUCCGAAACUGAGGUCGACAGUGAUGACGACAAGGAGAUGAAAGCCAAGAAAAAGAAGUCGCCAUAUCGUUCUUCCCCGAAACCAGCAGAGGUGGAAAAUGGUCACAUGGACGAUGAAGAGACAGACGAUGUCGACUAUAACGGCGAAGACGAGGUGGUUGACGAGGACGAGACCGACGAUGCCUCGCAUGGCGAAGAUAGUAGCACGGAUGAUAACGAAACGUACAAAAUUUUACGUUCGUCACGAGCUGCGUCGCUGACAUAUUCCGAUAAGGACGACGGCCGUCGCCGAUCGACUCGUCCCCGUCAUAUUAUACGAGGUACGUACCACGACUCUACUUUGUCCUGGGUGGUUGGAGGGGGUGGAGAGGCGAAAGGUUACUUUCGUCCGAGCUCCCUCACUCGGGCGUCAGCACGGCGCCUCGUCGUCUCGUCGAGACCUAGUAGUGCCAAUGUGGGUGGUAAUACGAACGGCAAUGUGGUCGGGACAAGGAGCAGAUCGCAGGAAACCAUUGCCAUCGUGCAAGAAGAAUUGGAAGUGUCAUCGGCCGAGGAGAAUGGACACGUUGUGGCGACAGAUGACAAUGAUACGAAUGACGACAUGUACUCUCGCGUGAAAAAGAGACGAGUCAUGACCCGAAACAGGUCCAAAUCGUCCUCCGUGGGUGUUGGGAAGAAGAAAAGUAGUCAGAUCGAAGAGGAACCCGUGUGUCGAAGAUUGCGCGAUAGGAAUAAGUUGAGUCGAAAUAGUGGAAAUCUUUAUGAAUCUGAAGCACAACUGGAUAAAAUUUUACGCAAGAAUCGUCGCCACAAACGUCGUCGGGGUGAGAAGCUAUCGAAUUCGUCUUCAUCAUCGUCCUCCUCCACGGACUCGGACGACACCCAGAUCAAGUCGCCAUCAAAGAAAAAGCGCAAAUUCGGCGUGCCCAGUGGUGGCGAAGGGGUCGACAAUUUACUCCGCGGACAUGGCCUCGUGGCGAAGAAAGAGCUCAAAAUGCUGAUGGAAGUCCAGCCCGUAGCGGUGGAUCCGUCCAUCACGUUCAAAUCGGUGGGUGGAUUGGACACCUUUAUCGACAAGUUGAAGGAAAUUGUGCUAUUUCCUCUGCUCUACCAUGAGUUUUAUGAAGGGCGCGGUAUGUCAGCGCCCAAGGGAAUUCUUCUCCAUGGACCACCAGGGACGGGAAAGACCCUCCUGGCCAGAGCGUUGUCUAACGAGUGCGCCAACAUUAAUGGGAGAAAGGUGUCAUUCUUUUUGAGAAAGGGAGCCGAUUUAUUGAACAAAUUCGUGGGUGAAUCGGAACGUCAGCUAAGGAUGUUAUUCCAACAGGCCGCCCUUCACCAGCCGAGUAUAAUUUUCUUCGACGAGAUUGACGGCCUUGCGCCAGUACGAUCAGCGAAAUCUGACCAGAUCCACAACUCGAUUGUGUCUUCAUUGCUCGCGGAGAUUGAUGGGCUGCAAGAUCGCGGCCAGAUUAUCGUGAUGGGGAGCACGAAUCGGCUGGAUUUUGUCGACCCAGCUCUCCGACGGCCGGGACGAUUCGAUUGUGAACUUCCCAUCUUUUUACCGACGAGAAAUGGACGCCGAGACAUUUUACAAGUGCACGUCUCCAAGUGGAAGGAUCCCCCGCAAGUGGAACUCUUGGAUGAGUUGGCCGACCGAAGUGUCGGCUUUAACGGGGCUGAUUUGAAAUUCCUUUGCUGGCAGGCCACCAUGAAUUCGCUGCGUCGCACGUACCCUCAGAUUUACGGGUCGUCGCAGAAGUAUCUCUUGAACUACGACUCGAUCAAGAUGGACCGUGAGGAUUGGGAGGAUGCCCUUGCGUCAAUUUCUCCAUCGACGCAACGCUCGCUUUUCUCGACCUAUUCGCCCGCCCAGCCGCUGCCUGGCUUUGUGCAGCCCCUUCUGCGGAAACAGUUGAGGGUCGCGGUGGAGUUUUUGGAGGGUUUGUUCCCCCAUGAUUCGCCCUCUCUUUUGGCGGAAUCGAGCGUGAAACGGCUUCUUCUCCAGGCCGAGGGGGAAAGCGGGUUGAAUACGUUCAUCGUCCCAGCCUUGCUCCACUUGUUGGAAAAGGUCCCCGUCUACGUACUCAGCUUCGAAGCGUUACACAUGGAUGGAGGAAAUGUAGAGUUUUGUGUGACACAGAAAUGCAUGGAAGUUAUGAAGCAGCCGAAACCCUGCAUCUGUUACCUGCCCGAUCUUGAACGUCUUUGUGACCUGUUGAGCGACGCGUCAAAAGAAAUCAUGAUCCGCAUGAUGGCACAAAGUCUGACGAAACCGAUCCUCUUUCUCGCCACCGUUGAGGGCCAGCUGGAUCACACUUUCGGCGAAAAUUGCGACCUUUCGAGUCUCUUUGUAAAUCACGUCGUUCGGCUGCCGCGACCGUCCGUGAGUACAAUUCAACUCUUUUUCCAACCCGUUUUCGAAUUGGCUACGAAGGUGAAGCGAGUCGUGGAGGCGGAGUCGAGGGAAUUGGAACAGCUCGCACUCGCCCCACCCGAAGAUAACUCGUCUGUCCCGAAGUGGACGAAGGAAGAACUUGAAGCGAUAGAGAAACGGGAAAAUUCUACAUUUAGAGAAUUGAGAAUUUUCCUGAGACAGAUUUUAACUAAGUUGGCUCGAAAUAAGAAAUUUGAAGAGUUCACCUGUCCCGUGGACAUAGAGGAAGUUCCCGACUAUCUGGAAGUCAUCGAACGUCCCAUGGACUUUGAGGCGAUGAUGUUUAAACUCAAUUCGAACUCGUACUACACCGCGAGGCAGUUUUUAGACGACAUUGACCUCAUUUAUACCAACUGUUUGGCGUAUAAUCCGCAUAAAACGGAAUCGGACAAGCGUCUCCGACUACGUGCCUACGAGUUGAAAGACUUUGCCGAAAAACUAAUCGAAGACGAAAUGGACUCCGAUUUUGAGCGAGAAUGUCACAAAAUUAUAAAAGCCCGAGGUAAACGGAACAAAACGACGAGUGGUGGAAAUUCGAAUGCCAACCCGGAAUCGAGUAAUGGUCAAGUUAAAGAACUUGCUGUGGUCUCGUCCUCCUCCACCAACGUUGUGACGCCGUCCACCUCGACACGAAAUAGAGUCGACCCAUCAACCUCGUCUACUUCCCGACCAGCCUCAGCCAAGACGAAGCGACGAAAAUCCUCCGCAUGGUCGAAGGGAACCAUUCAAAAAAAGAAGUGUAAACGACCGAAUUCAUCCUCUGUGAGAAACUUGGAGGAUAAAAAUUUCAGUCAGAUUGUAAUUGAGGAAGAAAAGGGAGAAGAUGACGAGGAUGACGAAGACGAGGAAGUUGACGUUGUAGGUGACGAUGAUGAGACGAUUUCUCCCACCGUAGAAACGACAGAAUCUUCCUCCUCUGCAGCCGGGAAGCUUCGCGCAGUGCCGCGUCUAAGUCAGUCGUCGUCUUCCUCGACAAGUCCGCCAGGGUCGGGUGGAACUGUGCCAAAUUCGUCCAGUCCGGGUGCCGCCACUCCGAACGGUCCUUGUGAUAAUGAUUUCUAUCCGUGUAACAAUGCUGCCACGUUUGGACCCAAGUUUGACCACUUAUUGACAAAAACGGUCCACCAAUGUCAAAAUUUGAGUGUCGUCAAGCUUAUCGAUCUGCGCUUCCAAGUCCUCCGCUUGGUAACGAAGCAUCUCUCUUCUCCCGAUAAGACGGCCCUUUAUGGAGAAGUGAAAGCCUGGUUGAAGAAAAUCUCGCCAUCGUUGACCGCUUCACCGUCAUCGGCUUCUUUUGUGACUACUACGACGACAUCAUCAUCCUUCACCCCGCGUCAUCUGCAACGUCCAUUCAACGCGGUGGGGGGAAAAAGUACCCCGACUUUGGUAGUAGAAAGUGGGGCGAAAGUUGUCGCCCCUCCGGCCUCCAGUGCUCCGGCCAGGUUACGUUUCACCGGACUAGAACGACUCCAACAGCAGCGGAGGAGUAGUGGCAACACCAAGAACAAUAAAGACUGAUGACUUGAUGUCGAUAUAUUUAAUUAUUUAAUUAAUAUUUAAUUAUUAAACUAAUAUUUAAUUAUUUAGCGUAUUUAUUCGCUCAAUGAAAAGUUACGAGCUUGUAAAACUAUACGAUUCUCAAUGCACGUAUUAUCUUAAUUCUCUACAAAUACUGUUUGUAAAAUAGUCAAUGUUUUCAGAAAUUUUUCAAGUUUUAGAAAAGUAAAGAUCGUUUAAACGACGUUUACUAUACUCAAUUUUGUGAAAAACUGUAAUGCUACAAAUUAUAUACUACACUGCCAUUCAACAUUUUUAAUGAAAAUGACGGACAAUUUUUCAAAAAUUUCAUGAUGUGUACCUAUGUAGUUUUUGUAAGAUGUAAGUAUAUGCUCAAAAUUUCUGGGUCAUUUUUCAUAAAAUAAACUCUCGUCUCAUUUUUUACUCAUACUUUUACAGUGUUUGAGUGAUUUUUAUUAUAAAGGAAGCUGGAAGAUACAGGAUGUAAUUGGUUUAUGAAGGGUAAAAUGCAGGUUUUAUGACAAACUUACAUAUGUAACUUUUACAUAAUCGCUGUAAGAAUACUGUUUUUUAAAAAUCGUGAAAAUAAUGUACUUUGACAAUAAAAAGUGAAUAAAAUUCCAAGAAAUUCA